AUGGAUUUGAUAGUUCAUAGUCUAUACAGCCACAAGGAGGUGUUCUUUAGAGAGCUUGUUAGAUGGCCAGAUUGCAUUGAUGGGUUUCUUGGUUUGAUUGAGAAAGACGGUUCUAAUGUGUUUACAGCAAUCAGAUCAAAACUGUUGCCAUUAACGUCGUCUUUGUUGCCGCUGUUCACUCAGAAGGGACUAACUAUUGGGUACUUUCCGCGCAGACGUCCAUUUUGGGAGAGCUUAGUAAUUCUGCUCAUCAUAGUGUUUUAUGCAUUCCAAGGAAGCCAGUUGGGAUAUCAUGGUGUAAUGUUGAUGCCAAAGAGGAGUUUGUCAGACCUUAUAAUGAUGUUAGAUUGCAUAACCAGCAUAAAUCGUCCAGGCAUACAGUUGUACAAUGUGGACUUGUUGAAACUAGAACCCUUGAUGAAGCCUUACCAGGUUUCUCUAUUGAGACUUUUCUGUGUUUACCCUUCUUAUUAG